AUGUUGGCCUUGAACGUCAAUACUGACCUUCCUACCAUGGACAGGUUUCCUAAUUACGAGGAUAUCUCUCCCACCGAGGAAAUAGGCGACAUGAUGGCGACCGCCGCCCCCCCUCGCAACAAGAUGCUGGGUCAGGUCCAGGCCGACUCGGCAGAGAGCAGCCGCGGCCCCUCUCCCCAACCCACACAUUUCAGCGUUCCCAUGGCUGCUCGCGCCAACGGCAACGGACACAGAGUCCUGCGCUCCGCGACAGUCGGCUACGUUGCGCCCACCUUUGUCGGCAAGCUCGAGCAGAUGGACCAGGUCCGUGGGCUUCUCAAGACUAACGGCUGGAUUCCCGAGGUCCUCGUUGACGAGCAAGUAACGUGGUUCUACGACGAGCUUGGCAUCGACGAUGUCUACUUCAAGAUCGAGAGCCCUGAGGUCAUUGCCAGCCAGAUCACCUCGCUGUACGCUGCCAAGGUUGCCGCGUUCGCGCGCGAGGACAAGCGUGAGGAGAUCAGACUCGACAUGGAGGCCCCAGACCACGCCAUCUACAUCGACACGAGCGAGCCCGGCAAGACUUCGAUCGGCGGCCCGCGAUACGAGCAGAGACUCGAGGCCAAGUACCUGGACCACGUUGGCAAGACCAAGUUCCGCGUCGAGACCUUCCGCUCUCCUGGUGUUCUGGGCGCAUCGCCCGCGUCCAAGGCCACCCUUCGCUGCUACUUCGUCUACCAGUGCCUCUUCAAGCAGAGCCCGGAGACGACCGACCCUAAUGAGACCCGUCUCGAGGUCAUUGCCGACCACGGCUUCCUCCAGAAGGCCACCAACAACACCAAGCAGAUCUACCAGGAGAUUAUCGAGCUUGCCGUCAACAGAACCGGCCCCGUCAUCGAGGUCUUCGACAUCGAGGGCUCUGCCGAGAAGCGCCUUGUUAUUGCCUUCCGCUCUCGCACGGCCCGGGGCCUGUUUUCUGCCCUCUCCGACCUGUACCACUACUACGGUGUCACCAGCUCCAGAAAGUACGUCGAGCAGUUCGCGAACGGUAUAACCGUUAUGAGUAUUUACCUUCGACCUGCUAUGAACAUCGAGGGCAACUUCCCUCCUCUGGACCAGUCCAUCCACCAGAUCACCAAGGAGAUUUCUCUCCUGUACUGCUUGCCCCAGAACAAGCUCCACUCGCUCUUCAGUACCGGCGAGCUCUCCCUCCAGGAGACUGUCUACGGACACUGCGUCUGGGUCUUUAUCCAGCACUUCCUGAACCGUCUUGGUUCCGAGUACGUUUCUCUGUCCCAAAUUCUGGACCAAAACAACCCGACCCAGACCGCUCUCCUGUCCAAGCUCAAGCGCCGCCUGAGGACGGAAACCUUCACUCCCGACUACAUCCUGGAAAUUAUUCAGUCGUACCCUGGCCUUGUCCGCAUUCUAUAUGCUUCCUUCGCUUCGGUGCAUCUUGCCGUCGGACCCGACUUCGACCGCCACUUCAUCGCCCCAACCCCCGCCAUCGAGGUUCUGUCCGAUGCUAAGCUCAAGGAGCGCAUUACUCGUGAUGUCUCCAACGAGCACGAGGAGAUGGUCAUGACUGCCUUCCGCGUCUUCAACAAUGCCAUCCUGAAGACCAACUACUUCACUCCCACCAAGGUCGCCUUGAGUUUCCGCCUGGACCCCUCUUUCCUCCCUGAGAUCGAGUACCCCAAGCGUCUCUACGGCAUGUUCCUGGUCAUUGGCGCCGAGUCUCGUGGUUUCCACCUCCGAUUCAAGGACAUCGCUCGUGGUGGUAUCCGUAUCGUCAAGUCCCGCAGCAAGGAGGCCUACAGCAUCAACGCCCGCAACCUCUUUGACGAGAACUACGGUCUUGCCAGCACUCAGCAGCGCAAGAACAAGGACAUUCCCGAGGGUGGUUCCAAGGGUGUCAUCCUUCUCGACCCCAAGAUGCAGGACCGCGCCGAGGAGGCUUUCGAGAAGUACAUUGACAGUAUCCUCGAUCUCCUGCUGCCUGCCUCUUCCCCCGGCAUUAAGAACCCUAUCGUGGACUUGUACGGCAAGGAGGAGAUCCUGUUCAUGGGUCCUGACGAGAACACGGCAGAGCUUGUCAACUGGGCUACUCACCACGCCCGCGCUCGCGGCGCACCGUGGUGGAAGUCGUUCUUCACCGGCAAGUCGCCCAAGCUUGGUGGUAUUCCCCACGACACUUACGGCAUGACCACCCUGUCCGUCCGUGAGUACGUCAAGGGUAUCUACCGCAAGCUCAACCUUGACCCCUCUACGGUCAGGAAGAUGCAGACCGGUGGCCCCGACGGUGACCUGGGUAGCAACGAGAUCCUCCUCAGCAACGAGAAGUACACUUCCAUUGUUGACGGAUCCGGUGUCCUCGUUGACCCCAACGGACUCGACAAGGAGGAGCUUCUGCGCCUGGCCAAGGCUCGUGCCAUGAUCAACAACUUUGACAUGUCCAAGCUUUCCAAGGACGGAUACCGCAUUCUGUGUGAUGACAGCAACAUCAACCUGCCUACUGGCGAGUUCAUCUCCAACGGCACUACCUUCCGCAACACCUACCACCUGCGCGACACUGGUCUCACCGAUUGCUUCGUUCCCUGCGGUGGCCGCCCCGAAUCGAUUGACCUGAUUUCCGUUAACAAGAUCAUCAAGGAUGGCAAGUCCACGAUCCCCUACCUGGUCGAGGGCGCCAACCUGUUCAUCACUCAGGACGCCAAGCUCCGCCUCGAGGAAGCCGGCUGCAUCUUGUACAAGGACGCCAGUGCCAACAAGGGUGGUGUCACCUCUUCCUCCCUCGAGGUUCUCGCCUCGUUGGCUUUCGACGACGAGAACUUCCUCAAGCACAUGUGCCACGACGCCAAGGGCCAGGCUCCUCAAUUCUACCAGGACUACGUCAAGUCCGUCCAGGAGAAGAUCUGCGAGAACGCCCGUCUCGAGUUCGAGGCCAUCUGGCGCGAGCACGAGGAGACUGGUACUCCCCGCAGCAUCUUGUCCGACAACCUGUCCAACGCCAUCACCACCUUGGACGAGGAGCUUCAGCACUCCGACCUCUGGAAGAACGAGCAGAUCCGCCGCUCCGUUCUCCAGGACGCCCUCCCCAACCUUCUGAUCGAGAAGAUUGGUCUCGACACCAUUAUCGAGCGCGUCCCCGACUCUUACCUGCGCGCCAUCUUUGGCAGCUACCUCGCCUCGAGGUUUGUCUACCAAUUUGGCAGCCAGCCUAGCCAGUUUGCUUUCUACGACUUCAUGGCCAAGCGUAUGUCCAAGAUCCAAUAG